AGAGAAUUUAAAGACCUUUAUCAUGUUCUUUUUCAGGUUCAUGGAACCAUCACAGGUGUUGAUGUUGCAAUGAACACUCACCUCAAGAGUGUCAAAAUGACAAUCAAGAACAGGGAUCCUGUAAACCUAGAUCAGCUCAGUAUUCGAGGCAAUAAUAUCAGGUACUACAUCCUACCCGAAACUCUACCUCUAGAAAACCUACUCAUCGACGAGGGACCUAAGAAGAGGAUGAUGGGAGGUCGGGGAGGACGUGGUGGAGGUCGUGGAGACCGCGGUGGAUCCAGAGGAGGUCCCAGGGGAGGUCGUGGUAGGGGUAGAGGAGGUCCAAGAGGAGGUCGAGGACCUCCCCGCAGAUAAACUUGAUUUCUCUGAUCUCAGACACAAUGAUUAUGUUCAGUACCUUCUUUUGUCGAUUAUUUUAACAUCAGUGUUUUUUUUCAGA